AUGGAGGGCUUCAAGCCUGGUCCUGUCAACAGAAUGCUGGUUCUGUCUGCAAGACCUAAAGAGAGGAAGCUUGCUGAGGGGUUAAGGAGUACCCUUUACAAGGGUGUCACCAGUGAGCUGCCUGACCUCUCAGUCCUCCAAAUAGCAGAGGCAUAUAAGGACUUUGCCAGUGCUGUAGCCCCUUUGGUCACCACUAUGGAGAUGUCGAAUGAUGAUCCUUUGGUUGAUUCUGCCUUUGGCAAAGUUCAGUAUGGAAGUGUGCUGUCAUACCAGCAGCCAGCAGCAACAACACCCAACAUUACUCACCAUCAGGAUGCCCCACCACCGCCACCUCUGCCACUAGUUGGUCACAGCUUUGACACAUCUGUUUGCUUGUUUGUCCAUAGUGAACAUGGACAACUACACAUGAAGUCACUGGCAGUAAGCUUGGAUAUGGCACAUAAGAUAGAGCAUGCCACCAAAGAACAAAGUGCAUCACUUGAUUGGCACUCUGUCCGAAAGCCCCGGGUAACAGCGUCACGCUUUAGGGAGGUUUGUCAUGUGCGUGGCCAGAGCUCAGCUGAACACCUGGCUGAAAGAAUCUACAAGGGAACUUGCCAGACAGCAGACAUGAAGAGAGGUCUUGAAAUGGAAUCUGCUGCAAUUGAGGAAUACUGUCUGCUGCGAGAAGUAAACUACACCCUUGUGGAUUCUUAA